GGCCGCGGACGGCGCUGGCCGAGGGGGGUCCCGCCGCCGCCUCGGGCGCUGUCCCGCCGGUAAGAGCAGCCAGCGGGGCCCGGGGCAGCGGAGCCGGCCCUUGCGCCGGGGCAGCGCCCCCGAUGGGGAGCGCGGCGGUGGGGGCCGGCCCGCGGGUGCUGCGGGCACUCACCGGGUGCCUGCUGGGCGCCCUGGUGCUGAGCACGCUGCUGGGCAAUGCGCUGGUGUGCCUGGCCGUCCUGCGCUUCCGCCACCUGCGCAACAAGGUCACUAACUGGUUCGUGCUGUCACUGGCCAUCUCGGACCUCUGCGUGGCCCUCCUGGUGAUGCCCUGGAAGGCAGUCACUGAGGUGGCUGGAGGCUCCUGGCUCUUUGGCAGCCACUUUUGUGACACCUGGGUGGCCUUCGACAUCAUGUGCUCCACCGCCUCCAUCCUCCACCUCUGCAUCAUCAGCCUGGACCGGUACUGGGCCAUCGCCAGCCCCUUUCGCUAUGAGCGCAGGAUGACACGGCACCUUGCUUGUGCCAUGAUAGCCACGGCCUGGACUCUCUCCAUCCUCAUCUCCUUCAUCCCGGUGCAGCUACACUGGCAUAAAGCCAUGGACAGAAGAGAUCUAGGCUCCUGGCUACCUGGGACACCCCGCUGUGAUGUCAGAUUGAACCGCACUUAUGCCAUCACCUCCUCCCUUAUCAGCUUCUACAUCCCCGUGGCCGUAAUGAUCAUCACCUAUACCAGGAUCUACAGAAUUGCCCAGGCCCAGAUCCGCCGUAUCUCCACCCUUGAGAGAGCAGGGGGGCAGUGGCCAGCUCAUGGCAAGGAGCCCUCCUCCUCUUUGCGGAGUUCCUUGCACAAGGAGACCAAGGUGCUGCAGACCCUCUCUAUCAUAAUGGGAGUCUUUGUUUGCUGCUGGCUGCCCUUCUUCCUGCUCAAUUGUCUACUGCCUUUCUGCCAGCCCAGCCUCGACGAAGACGCUGAAGGACAGCCACCCUGCGUUGGCCAAACCACCUUCAAUGUCUUUGUGUGGUUUGGCUGGGCCAACUCUUCAGUGAAUCCAGUGAUCUAUGCUUUCAACGCAGACUUCAGGAGGGCUUUCAGCAACCUCUUGGGCUGCCGGUGCUGCUGUUGUGGCACACCCAGGUCCCCUGUGGAGAGGGUCAACUUUAGCAAUGAGCUGGUUUCCUAUCACCAAGACACCACCUGCCAGAAGGAAGGAGCUGUCCCAGUAUCAGUACCUCCCGCUGCCAUCACUGCCUGGGUGCAGCCCAUGCCCCAUGCCAUAAGCCUCCAGGGGGAGGACAGCAGUGAGGAGAAGUCUAUGGGGAAGAGGGUUGUGACUUCUCAGACACAGACUGUGCCUGGCAGCAGCCCCAACAGUUGUCAGAUAUGAAGACCAACAAAAGGCAGAGCAAACAGGUGUUGGAUGGCUUGCAGAAGAGAGAAUACUAGGAAAACUUUAUGAUCAUUUCACGUGUGUAAAAGGGUUCAGCAGACAUUAAGGGAAUACAGUGGCAUCUCACUGUCCUCUGCUUCUCUGUCCACUAUUUAAAAGUUCUUCAUCUGACCAUUUAAUACACUGUGCUCCACUAACCACCAUCCUUGCCCCAUUUUUUUCUGUCCCUUGCCUAUGGUUGAUUUAUCUCCAGAAGAUGAUGAAGAUGCAACUGUCCAGAAGGAGACAUGAAGAAUGCGUACACUGCAAGAGUUUUCUUGGGCAUUCAGUCUCACAGAUUGCACAGAUGAUAUUUUUCAUAACGAUGAUAUUCUUCAUAACAGUGAUAUUUUUCAUAACAGUGAAAGGACAGCAGCAGGAAAGACAGACUCUCCUCCCAGUGAACCUGCUCCCUGUGAUUUUUAAACCAUGUGUAGUUCUUAAGUCCCCAUCAUUAAUUCUUAUGGGAAAAUAUACUCUUGCUAUCCUGCUCUUUUCAGGAAUGUGUCCUUGGAGAACACUUGGGUGUGACUGCAAUCUGUUCUUCAUGGGCUUCCCUGGCAGGACAAGUGGUAAUGGGUUUAACUCUAAGAAAGACCAAGGCAAGAAUUUGGAAAAACCUUCUAAGAAUAAUGAUAAUUAAGCACUGGAGUAGGUCAUCUAGGUAAAUUAUGACAUCUCUCUUAGUAAAAUGACUGCAAUCUUCUGUCAGAUAUGACAGUGACAAUGUUGAUCCUGUCUUGGGGCAAAGACCCAGAGUAAUGGUCUCUUGAGAUAAUUUCUAGUUCUGCUUCACUAUGACAACGUCUCCUUAAGAAGCAUUAAACUUAAGAUGUUUGGUUGUGGGUUUUUUUGCAUGCAAUUAUCCUUAGAUGUUUUCUUGAAGGCAAGAAAGAUACAGAUAAGAACUUCAAGAUGCCAUUGGUAUACUUCCAUUCUCCUAGUGAUUAUCCAUUUUUCUUAGCAUUUAACAACUAUCAUUCAGCAUGCUUAGUGCCUCCUCUGGAGAGCAACCCUGAAAUAAACCUGGUGUUUCCUUACAAGAGAUACAAGAUAUGUGGUUUUUUGUUUUGAUUCCUGUAGAUUACUUUCUAUGUGAUCAUAUAUAAACUGUACAUGGAUUCAGAUGUCAAAGAUUCAAUCAAUUUGUGAGAGUAUUUUCCUCAAUACGUUUCUUUCUUCUUACACAAACCAGAAACACAUAAAAAUGUCAGAAUCUAAAUCCUUCAAAAAAGAACCCUUAAAAUUUUAUCCUCAAGGUCUAGAGACAUCUUAUCUCACCCUCUCCACACUAAAACUCGUCCUGGGGAGAUACUGCCCUGAAGUGUGACUCCCCCACUACCUGCCACUCUUCUGUUUCUGUUGCAUGAGCUUCAGCUGGCUCCAUCCCCCAGAGAGUGAACAGUCCCUGCCCACGCACAUCUUCCAGCUCAUGGGCAGGCACUCUUCCAGCAGUCGAGGCCACACAUGAAAUUAUUAUUCACAGGUGAACUUUUUUCUUUUUUUAGAAUGUGUACAGUCUCAUUAUUAGUGAUAAAAGAUGUUAAUUAAUGGAAGAGAAAGAUUUCCCUUCUCACAAGUUUUGCCCUGCUAUGUAGGCUGUCUCACCCAAGAAUUAGGCUGGACUUCUUAUUUAGAGUGAUGGUGAAAACAGUGCAGGGCAGAGCGAGUAGCAGAAAUUAAGCAACGGAUAUGUUUGAAUAAUGUUUUUUCUUAAGAACAAUCAAAAAUGCAUGGUAGCUUCAAUCUAUGAAACAAUAUUUGCAUUAAGAAUGGAAAAAGCUAUUUGUGUCAGUGCUUGUGGCUAUAGUUUAAAUAUGCUUCAUUUAUAGGUCAGAUUGUACCUGAAAAUAAAUGUGGAUUUUCCUGAA